ACAGAUGAAGUAAUCGUAUGAUGAAGGCGGGCUCACUGUGGUCAUGGCUACCGGACCCUGUGCAAGAACGAUAAGAAGAAAUGCACGGCCCUUGUUUAUAACCAAGACGUGCAUUUGAAAAACAACAAACAUAUUUGAUUUACCAUACACGUCAUUUCCUAAACAGUCGUAGCUUUAGUUAAAUCGAGCUAUGGAUGUGCAGGUUACAGGCACUGCACCGCAAACAAGCACCCCGCAUCAUGCAGCAGAAAAUGCACCAAAGAAGAAAUCACGAACGAGACGGGGCAAAAGAGGAAAACGACGGAGGGGCAAGAAGGCAAACGAACCUCCUCCGUUUUUACCACCUGAGGCUGAAGAGGGAAACAUUGAAUACAAGUUGAAGCUGGUUAACCCGACCCAGUAUCGGUUCGAGCACCUGGCAACACAGUUAAAAUGGCGACUCCAGGAGGGCCGGGGUGAGGCUGUGUAUCAGAUCGGGGUGGAGGAUAAUGGUCUGCUGGUUGGACUGACAGAAGAAGAUAUGAAAGCAUCACUAAAGACCCUUCGCAGGAUGGCCGAGAAGGUUGGAGCUGAUAUCACGCUCCUGAGAGAAAGGGAAGUCGACUGCGACCAUGCCCGACGGAAAAUCGCAGAAGUUCUCGUGCGAAAGGUUCCCGAUGAUCAACAGUUCCUGGACCUUCGUGUAGCUGUUCUGGGUAACGUGGACUCAGGGAAGUCGACUCUGCUGGGUGUGUUGACUCAGGGAGAGCUGGAUAACGGUCGAGGCAGGGCGAGACUCAACCUCUUCAGACACCUGCACGAGAUUCAAACCGGUCGUACAUCCAGCAUCAGUUUCGAGAUCCUUGGAUUCAAUAGCAAAGGCGAGGUUGUAAACUACAGCGAUUCCCGUACGGCUGAGGAAAUCUGUGAGAGUUCAUCUAAGAUGAUCACAUUUAUUGAUCUGGCCGGUCAUUAUAAGUAUCUGAAAACCACCAUAUUUGGCCUGACAAGCUACUGCCCAGACUUUGCCAUGCUGGUGGUGGGAGCCAACACAGGCAUUGCUGGCACAACGAGGGAGCAUCUGGGUCUGGCCAUGGCCCUAAAGGUGCCCAUAUUCAUCGUAGUGAGUAAAGUGGACCUGUGUGGCAAAAGCACGGUGGAGAAAACCGUCCGUCAGCUGGAGAGGGUUCUCAAGCAACCCGGCUGCAACAAGGUCCCCAUGGUGGUGGCCAACCCUGACGAUGCGGUCACCGCCGCACAACAAUUUACACAAUCUUCCAGUGUGACGCCCAUCUUCACCCUCUCCAGUGUUUCCGGAGAGAACCUGGACCUUCUGAAGGUCUUCUUCAAUAUUUUGCCGCCUCUGAGCAACAGCAAAGAGCAGGAGGAGCUCAUGCAACAGCUCACCGAAUUCCAGGUGGAUGAGAUUUACAGUGUUCCUGAUGUUGGGACCGUAGUUGGUGGGACACUAUACAGCGGUGUGUGUCGUGAAGGUGAUCGGUUAGUCGUGGGCCCUACCGAUGAUGGGAAGUUCUUAAGGUUGAAGGUGUGCAGCAUUCACAGAAAUCGCUCUGGGUGCCGCGUGCUAAGAGCCGGACAGGCCGCCACGCUCGCGCUGGGGAACUUCGAUCGCUCAUUACUGCGAAAGGGCAUGGUGAUGGUAAGUCCUAAGAUGAACCCUACCAUCUGCUGGCAGUUUGAGGCCGCCAUCGUUCUCCUGUUCCAUGCCAAGACGUUCCGGCGUGGUUUCCAGGUCACGGUGCACGUGGGAAAUGUGAGGCAGACCGCCACGGUGGAGUGCCUGCUUGGCAAGGAGGAGCUGCGGACGGGAGAAAGAGCAGUGGUGUGUUUCAGAUUCCUAAAGCAUCCCGAAUAUCUGCGUGUAGGAGCCAAGCUGCUCUUCAGAGAGGGCGUGACCAAAGGCAUCGGGCACGUGACCCACCUUCUGCCCUCCACUCAGAACCACGUGCCCGACCAGAACCGUAACCAGAACCGCAGUUAGAUACAGGAAGUGACAUCAUAAGUCUUUCCUUCACGCAGUAAUUUCCUAUGCUAGUUAUAUUGUGCACCUUUCUUUUCCACGCACAUGCUAUUUUAUUCAUAGUAAAUUGCAGAUAUACCCGUGAUAUUUUAACACGUGUGUGUGUUUUCCAACUUAAGAAAGAUGAUGAUCUUGAGUAGGCAAGCUAUGGUUUAAGCGAGGUACCUGAAGCAGAUUUUUACAGGAACGAUGAUUCGUCCAGUAUAGAUAUGAGAAUGUAAUCAUAACACCAUCGUAUUUGAAAUAGUAUAGUUGUCUAAUUUAGCUGUACAUUUCCACAGAUCCUUAGCAGUAUUAUAUGCGACGUUACCCAAGCGAAUCUCGGGCUUACUUUAUAAAAUGCUGCCUAGAAAAGGUACUAAUUUGAUGAAAAGCGUGAAUGUAUGCAUAGAAAACGCGCGUACGCCUCACUUUCAGACGUGAAAUCUAUAAAUCACAAAUGAGCUUGAAAUUGUGCGCACCAAAUAAAGCACCUGGCAAUGUUUAAAUCCGUUGUAAGUAGCAAAAAAGACGUAUAUUUCCAAAAACCUGCAGCAAUCGGACAAGCAAAAGUGUCUGAUGUGGCGCUACGGAUUUUCCACGUCAAAGUUUUUUUAAAUUUGGACUUUGCCGUGUGCAAAGUUGCCGUAUGCACAUUUUACCAUCAAAUCUGUGCGUAUGCACGCUUUUUAAAUGAGGCCCCUUGUGUGCCCUUCAAACUGUGCAUUUUUAUUUUUAUUUUAGAUAUCAAUAAGCGAGGUAAGAAGCAAGAAUGUAGGAACUUUGUUGGAGUAGACAUGCCAUCUUAAAUUUGAUGCAAACAUUAAGGUUUUUGGGGGUGGAGGUAGUUGUGUAGAAAGUUGAUCCUUAAAGGGGACAUUUCAAGAAUUUUUUUAAAUCUCAAAUAAAUCCUUGGGUCUCCAGAGUAUGUGAAGUUUUAGCUCAAAAUACCAUAUAGAUAAUUUUUUAUUGCAUAUUAAAAUUGCCACUUUGUAGGUGUGAGCAAAAACGUGCUGUCCUUUAAAAUGCAAAUGAGAAAAUAACAUGCAAACAUAAUAUCCAUGAUCGCCAUAAUAGUGGUUUGUUAAAAUUGAAACUCAAUUGUGCAGUUAAUUAUUUCUCUCUCUCUCUGCACUAAAUGGCAGUGCUGUGGUUGUAUAGUGCAGAUUAAGGGGCGGUAUUAUUAUAAGGAGAUCCCCUUCUGACAUCACAAGGGGAGCCAAAUUUAAAUGAGCCAUUUUUUACAUGCUUGCAGAGAUGGUUUACCAAAACUAAGUUACUGGGUUGAUCUUUCACACAUUUUCUAGGUUGAUAGAAGCACUGGGGAAACAGAUGAUAUGUCCCCUUUAAGUUGACGAAAUAUUGAAAAUACAUAGUUUCCUAAAGUCACUGGAUAGACAACAAAAAUUUGGAAAUGACAUACAAGCUACACUGCAAAAAAAAACAUUUUUUUGAUGACUUAGUAUUUUUGUGUUUUUGGAGUAAAAAUAUCUAAAAAUUAAUUAAUCUUAAAUUAAGAUGCCUUUUCUUGAUGAGCAAAACGACCCAAGAAAAUAAGUCUCGUUUUUAGAACAAAAAUAUCAAAUUUAAGUGAUUUUGUGCAAAAAAAUCUGCCAAUGGGGUAAGCAAAUUUUUCUUGAAUUUAGUGUUUAGGAAAAAUUUUCAAGAUAUUUUUGCUUACCCCAUUGGCAGAUUUUUUUUUUUUGCUUGUUUUAUGCACAAAAUCACUUAAAUUUCAUAUUUUUUGCUAUUUUUUUUUUUGCUCAUCAUCUUAAUUUAAGAUUGUAGAUUUUUACUGAAAAAAAGACAAAAAUACUAAGAUUUUUUUUCAUGAAAAACAUUUUUUGCAGUGUAAUAACAGCAUGAUUUUAUGUUGACGAUAAAUGAGCAGAACUAAUUUCUGCGAAAUUACAAAGAUUCGCUUUAAAUUGCAUCAGUUCACCUACGAAUCGUUUCUUGCACAAUUUACAAUUUUUUUUCGUACGUUUCCUUUUCAUAAAUGACGACCAUUAAACAAGUCUCUUUAGCGCCUCUCUUUCUUUAUCAUUUGCGUAAAGCAUGUUUUUUAAGCGAUGGAAUAUCGCCCCCUGUCUUAAGGACGGAUUAGUUCACAGAGCUUUAGGAUUUUAGGACCAGCGAGGCACUUAGUAUUCAUUAUUUCGAGUACAAUGUGCCUAAUAACAAAAUUCUCAUCAACGGCAAAAAGCUAAAACUUUUAAAGGUGCAGUGUGUAAAUUUUAGCGGCAUCUAGUGGUGAGGUGCUGGUGAAUUGCAACCAAUGGCUCAGUCCACUGCUUACCCCUCGUUUUUUAAUCACAUAGAGAAGCUACGGUAGCCGCCACCGGACAAACAUGUCAUCGGAGACAACUUAGUAAAAAAAAGUUUGUCCAUUAAGGGUUUCUGUAAAAAACAUGGCGGCACAAAAUGGCGACUUUCAUGUAAGGGGACCCCUUGGUGUAUGUAGAUAAAAACGUCUCAUUCUAAGGUAAUAAACACAUAACGGUUCAUUAUGAAAGGUCUUUAUACACUCCUGAUAAUAUAGUUUUGUAUAUUAUUUUGCGUUUCUGUCAAAAGAUCCUUUUAAAAAUUACACACUGUACCUUUAAGGAAGUAUUACAUUUAUUUAGCUUACAGGGUUUGACAGAAACCAUAAGGCAGCUUUGUGCGAUCAGCAUCCGUCGUGAGAUUCUACGCAUGCAGAACAGUUUCAUUCACCCAUGUGCUCCAUUUUGAGAUAUUGUGCAAUUAUUAAAAAAAUAAUGAAUGUACUGAAUCUAAACGUACCAAUGUGACAGAUGUGCGAAGCCUGUUUUAUUCACCAGCCAAGUAUAGUAAGCAUUUGGGCCUCAUUCACAAGCUAAAUAAAUUCAGGUAACCAUUGUUGCAUAAAAAUGAAUAUAAAUGUAUGCAAGUUACACCAAAAUUUGUGCUUAGGUUUAAUUUAUGAAGCCCUAACAGUUAUUGGUCAACAGUGCAUGUUGUGCUUACACAAAUACAAAUUAAUAUUGUCUGUGCAACUGGUUGGCUGUAUUAAUGUUGGGAUAUAUCUUUAUUUCUUUCAUAAACCUUCUGAAAAAACAAAUGCUUCACAAAAGUAAAGCCUGCAAACAGGAUUGGAUAUCUGUUGCUUUGGUGUAUUAGUAAUAAAGAUUUAAUGUUUUACUGUGGAAACGUUUUUAAUCGGUAGUUUGUUGUAAUUUGUUUAAAACCUGAAGAGAAGUCAAAAAUAAAGUAAAGAGUUUGACUCAAGGUUUUUAUUACGAUAAAUGAAAUGUAUUUGAAUAAAUUGUUAAUUGUUCACAGAACACACCGUCGUAGCGUAGCAGCAAGCACCGUAAGAACUGGUUUACGUAACAUGGCAUUAUGAAUAAAAUAAAGAAAAUAUGAUAUAAAAUCUGCAAAAAAAAAAUAAAAA